AUAAAGAAGCGAUUUAUAUCAGUCAUAAACUCGACGUGGGUAUAUAUAGGUAACAGAGCUAUGGUGUUGCAGACCCACCCCAUUAACCCGCGUCUGUAUAUCGUAACAAACUAUACAAGUCCUAUACCAACAUAUGCCCGGAAAACUACAGUUUGACCAAUCUUCUCACAGCUGUACUUUGAGCCAAGGGAGGUACCAUGGUAUCUACAGAUUUAAAUCCAGACAGAUAUAGCAACUUAGGUAAAAGUAGAAUGUCUCCGUAAAAUUGACCACGUGAUCAGAACAAGAUGGACGAAAGGCGUCUGGUUUUGGUGAGACGACAGGCUGACAGGAACCGGAAAUCCGUCUGUGUUCUUAACGACAUUGAGCGAUCCAAAUACGACGCUUACCAACACACACUGCACAAGGAACGCGGGGAACUUUCGUUCAAGUUCUUCCAAUCUAUACAGCCAGUAAAGUUGUUGCUGGCCCGGCAACGCAGUUUAAAGAAGUGCCUGGAGAUGCGCCAACAAGCCGCCAACUCCAAACACGCCACCUUAGAGAUAUUCGGGAGAUACGGUGGUCUGUCAUUGGACGAUAUGCGUCAUGAAGUAGACGAUUACAUCUGCGACAAUCAUCCGCGACUGCUCCGUCUACGUCAUGUGCAGAGGCUGUUAUCAGGCGGGAAGAGAAACGGUGCACUGCUAGACAAAAAUACCGCCAGCGAAAAGAUUCACGAUUUGUUUAACAAGUUCCAUAAUGAAAGAGAAGAACUUUUGGAUGAAUUGAGACGCAAGCGGCCGACAGCUCCUAGAAGGUUUCACAUUGACUGGACCACACCACCUGUUGGACAGAAUAGCUUGCCUCGCACGCUGACAGAAGCCAGGAACAAAACCCGCCUUUUGCCGCCUAUUAAGACAGCUAAAUAAAGGAUAGCUGAUGUGGAACCAAGGACAUUGCCUCCGAUUUUCGAGAGAACGUGGAGAUAAAUUUACUCAGAAGUGACCAGCUAUAUUAAAUUAAGACGCAUCCUGAUAACGUAUUAGGAAUAUUGUCAGAACGUUGCCAUAUAAGAUGACAGUUCAAUAUGUUCACAUACCCUAUGUGUUUUUAUGUUGUCACUUUUGUGUUUUAUGAUGGAAAAGAAAGGAAUAGGACUAUAUACGGUAUGACGUAGAAGUUGAGAUAUGUUGGAAAAGGUGAUGCUAAUGUACCAUGGAGAUACAUAAAUAGCUCUAUAAAUAGUUCUCUGCUGUGUUAUAGGGUAAGGGUUUGGAUUACUAACCAAUAGAGGUUAAAUCUUGGAAGGGGUUAUUUUGAAACACAAUCAUCCACAUACGAUGUUACCGCAAGAAAGGCAUAGUGGCGUGUACAUGUACAGGCUAUAUUUGUAUACAGCAUAUAGUAUACGGUCCAUUGUUCAUUUACCUGUGAUAUAUUACGAGCUAUACGAUUCCUGCAAAUGACACAGUGUCAGUAUGGCGUGAACAGAUUAGGACGAAUGGAACAAUAGAAGAUCAACUGAGUUUGAUGCUUGUCAAACACGAGUCGACUAAGCACAGUGGCUGCGCACAGACUAGAGUAUAAAUAUAUCUAUGUAUGUGACUAAGAGUUGACUUGGUACUCAAUGGUGUAUGACGGGUCCAUUUCUAACCGCGACCUUUGCGGACGGCGCUACUUCAACUAAACUGCGAAAUUCUCACCCCUGCUGAAGACGAGGGUGCGGAACGCGCUCGACGCGCCUUCUGCAGAAUCGCUUAGGCCGUGUAAAAAUUCUUCAAAUUAAAAUACUGUAUGCUGUAUUACUUUCAUACCACUUGCACAUUUCAACUAAAGUCGA